CUGCUUCUUUUUUAUGAGUUUGCUACGCCUUGAUUUAAAAUAAAAAUGAGGAUUAAUAAAUUGCAGAAAAAUAAAUUAAAUGGUAGUAAUUAAAGCUCAUUAAAUAUUUUCAAAUGCAAGUAUCGAACUGUAAGAACGGGAUGCAAGAAUCAAACGAAAGUAACGCGAAAAAAGUGAACAAAAAGGUGUCAAAUUCGAAAAUGUCUAAAAAUCAAAAAGCAGCAGCAAAUUCAAACCCUACGCCCGAAACCUACAGAGAAUCGCCACAAAAUGUGCGUCUAGACACAUCUGAAAGUGAUGAGGAAUCGGUAUCAGAGCAAAUUACAAAAAUUAAACGCAAAAAUUACUUUAUGGACUCUCAGAUUCAUGCAUAUGACUUCUUAUAUGCUGUAUGUUAG